CGGAGACAAGUCCGCCCCGCUUCUCCGGUACCCGAGGACAGAGCCGAGUUCCCGGUGUGCUCCGUCUGGGGUGUGUCCUCCGUGUCACCACCUCCCCCCCCCCUCUUCCCUCCAUACCGGAGAGGUGAACCCCGGUGCUCGGUGUAGGGACCCCCCUACCCCCGGACAAUGAGUCCCCCCUUCAUGCUAAUGAGCCGCUGACGACACAUCCGAUCUUUCUCCUCCGCCAUAUUGGUCAGCGGGAGGGAGACAGCGCCGGGUAUUGUCUGCCCCGCCACCGAGCGACACACCGACCGACCCCACCGGAGGAGGAGGAGGGGUGAGUCACCUCACAAUACUUACUGGAUACCUACCUCAUCCAAGGCGGGAACACUCCGCGUCACCUACCGGACAUACACCGGGGCGGGGAGAUCCCUCAUCACCCACCGACCGGGAUCUAUAGGUGGGCCGUGAUCAGACUGACCCUUCCCCACUGUACCCCAUCAUUGGAUGUAUGGACUUCAUCACCUUCACCCCCCACCUCAGAGGCGCCGACACCUUCACCUCCCAGCUUUGAUCAACUUCUUCUUUUAUUUUUAAGUUCACAACAAGGUAGUAAAAAUGUUCCAACUUCCUGUAAAUAACCUUGGCAGCUUACGGAAAGCCAGGAAGACAGUGAAGAAGAUCCUGGGGGACAUUGGCCUCGAGUACUGCAAAGAGCAUGUAGAGGAAUUUAAGCAGUUCGAGCCCAAUGACUUCUAUGUGAAGAAUACCUCCUGGGACGAUGUAGGACUCUAUGACCCAUCGUCGACUAAAAAUCAGGACUACCGCACGAAACAGUUCUGCUGCAGCCAAUGUCCAUUCUCCUCCAAGUUUUUCUCCGCGUACAAAAGUCACUUUCGCAACGUACACAAUGAGGACUUUGAGAACCGCAUUCUGUUGAACUGUCCGUACUGCACAUAUAACGGAGACCGCAAGACCUUGGAAAUGCACAUUAAGGUGUUUCAUGCCCCCAGUGCACCUCAACCCAACCCACCUCUCUCCAAUUUCAAGGAUAAAAACAAGUACGAGAGCCUUAAGCCGAAGCCGACAGACAGCGUGGAGCAGGCGGUGUAUUAUUGUAAGAAGUGCACUUACAGAGAUCCCCUCUAUGAAGUGGUGAGAAAACACAUAUACAGGGAACACUUUCAGCAUGUUGCGGCACCAUAUGUCGCCAAGUGUGAAAAAUCAGUCAAUGGCGCUGUGUCUUCUUCAGGCGCCAACGAUGAAAGCAGCAUUCAGUGCAAGCGCUGUCGGUUCAUGCCGAAGAGUUAUGAGACUUUAGUCCAGCACAUCAUUGAAGACCACGAACGCAUUGGGUACCAGGUCACAGCUAUGAUAAGCCACACCAAUGUGGUCGUCCCCAGAUCUAAGCCAUUGAUGCUGAUAGCACCAAAGCCAACAGAGAAGAAGCCACUUGGCAUGCCUCAGCGAAUGGGUCCAAUUACGCAAUCGAACAUUCGAUCUCUUCCUUCACAACAGAUGGUCAAUAGACUUGCGAUACCAAAGCCGUCAAUGAAUUCCAACAUGAUGACUAACAUGCACAUGCAGCAGAACAACUACGGCGUUAAAGGAAUGACACAAGGCUAUGCAGUUGGCCAGCAGAUGAGGAUGGGUAUGGGUGGCAAUGCAUCUGUCUCUAUCCCUCAGCAAUCCCAGUCAAUGAAACAAUUACUUCCAGGUGGCAACAUCAGGCAGUACCCAAUGUCAAAUGACCAGAGAUCUCCUGCUCCACUAAGGUACUCUCUCCAGUCUGGAAACGCUGCAUUGUCAAGUAGCCAUCUAAAGCCUGCUUCUAUUACGCCGCCCCAUGUAGCUUCCCGUGGUAUGGUCCAGACAAAUGCAAAGUCUCCAGCGGCUGCUGCAGCAGCAGCUGCUGCCGCUGCUGCCAAUUCCACCUCUUCUACCCAGAAGUGGAAAAUCUGUACCAUCUGCAACGAGCUAUUCCCUGAAAACGUAUACAGCAUUCACUUUGAGAAGGAGCACAAGGCAGAAAAGGUGCCUGCAGUAGCAAACUACAUCAUGAAAAUACACAACUUCACAAGUAAAUGUCUAUACUGUAACCGAUACUUGCCAACUGACACUUUGCUAAACCACAUGCUGAUCCACGGCCUGUCCUGCCCUUACUGUCGAUCCACCUUCAACGAUGUCGAGAAGAUGGCUGCUCACAUGAGAAUGGUUCACGCCAAUGAAGAAAUGGCACCCAAAACUGAUUCCACGUUGACUUUUGACCUAACGUUACAGCAAGGCAGCCACACAAAUAUCCACUUGCUUGUCACCACAUACAAUCUACGGGAUGCUCCGGCUGAAUCUGUCGCUUACCACGCUCAAAAUCAACCAACAACCGCCCCUCCACCCCCUCCGAAAGUCCCAGUAAAGGCUCCUGAAAAGGUGGAACCGGCAGUCAAAAACUCACCACAGACUGCUGUGCCCUACAAGAAAGAUGUAGGUAAAACUUUAUGCCCACUCUGCUUUUCUAUCCUGAAGGGUCCUAUUUCGGAUGCUCUUGCCCACCACUUAAGAGAGCGGCAUCAAGUUAUUCAGACCGUCCAUCCUGUUGAGAAAAAGCUCACCUACAAGUGUAUCCAUUGUCUUGGCGUGUACACCAGUAACAUGACAGCAUCAACUAUCACGCUUCAUCUUGUGCAUUGCCGAGGUGUUGGAAAAACCCAGAAUGGGCAGGAUAAGAAUACACCCAUAAGAAUAAAUACUACCCAUAUAAUGCCUGCAAUGAAACGUCCGAAUGACUUUGUAGAUCUAGUGAAUGUAAAGAGGCGGCGGCCAGACGAGGACCCAGAUGCUCCAAUUAUUUUAGAUGAUAAGCCCGAGGAACCGCCAGUGGUUUUGGCAGUCGAUCCAAAGGGGCAUGAAGAUGACUCCUACGAAAACAGAAAGACAUUCCUUACAAAAUACUUCAACAUUCAGCCCUAUGCUAACAGAAGAGAGAUCGAAAAGUUGGCAUCCAGUUUAUGGUUAUGGAAGAGUGAUAUAGCAUCUCAUUUUAGCAACAAGAGGAAAAAGUGUGCCCGAGACUGCGAGCGGUACAAAUGCAGCGUUCUCCUUGGCUUCAGCAUGAGAGAACUUAAUAAAGUUGAACACAGUAUGGAUUUUGGCGCUGAGUGGAUGUUUGAGAACAUUGACGAAUCCCAGGCCGUACCAAACGCAAGUAAAACCAUAGAUAAGCGAAAACUUAAUGAGUCUAGUGCCUCAGAAGGAUCGGCGAACGCUGAAGAAGAUUUGAACGAUAGCGUCACUGUCAUUGAGCCAUCUCCUGAAAAGGAAGUCAAAGAGCCUGUGAAAUCCCCUAGUACAGAACCAGAACCACCAGUACUAGAGCCAGAGCCGAGUCUACCGCAGCAGGCCGAAGAAGAGUCUGAAGAUGUCCAAAAGGCACCUUCUCCAUCAAAAGCCAACAAUCAUUCUGACUCAAAUGCUGAGAUCAUCCUAGACAAUUCCGACAACGAGGAAGAGAAAGAAGAGCCGCCUGCUCCUAAAGAGACGACGACGACGCCGCCUCCUCCUCCCGACAUUGAACCUGUUUCUCAACAGGUCUUUGAUGUAGAAGACGACCCAGAAGACAGUCCAGCAGAAGAGCCAGCAGAAGAGCCGACCGUGGUCAAGGCGGAAACUUGCAUAAAUGAUUCCAACCACAGUGAGGAUGCCGAGAGCACCAAGGAAGAGGUAAAAGAACACUCACCAGAAAGCGACGAGGAGCCAACCAAAUGGAAAGAGAAUUCCGCUGAAAAAGUCGAAGGGUUCUGGUCUAAAGAAAAGUCGCCGUCAUUAAGCAGCUCGUCUGCCAACGAGGAGAGUUUGUCAAACCAGCCAACGGAUUGGCAGACUGGCACAAACGAUAGCGAAGAUGGGGAUCACUUUAACCUGACUGUUACAGAUAAAAUGCAUAGCAGUCUAGCAGGUGUGGGACUCAGCAGCCAAGAAGUAUAGAUUCACCUGCAACUACUUGCGUGCAAACCGGUAGUUUAAACGUUUUUCAUUACAGCUGGACUUUUCUCAAACUUUUAACUGUCCCUGAGUUGGCCAGUGACCUGCACGGUUAAAAUCUCAGCUGCUGAAAUUAUUCCCCCUUUAAGACCAUACUUGUCUAGAUUGCUUGUGACUUCCUCAACAUCGGGCACCUGUCUGAUGUGAAGAGCAACAGUGGAUUAUAAAAAAAAUGCACAGUUGUGUUUUAUCCAAAAGUUCUUGUUCCAGCUUCCCAAAAAAACUUUUUUUUUUUCUCUUUCCAUGAAGUUUGUCUUCUGAAAGGAAACCAACAAACCUCAAGUUAUGGUUUCUAGCAGCCGAACUGUGUGACACCCAUCGGCUUUGCAUCCUGUUUUUGUUUUUUGGCUCACUGUGUAUAAAAAAAUUUGGGGAUACAAUUUUUUUUUUCUGCCCGUCAUGUAUUCAUUCUGAAUAGUUAAAAAAAAAAAUGUAUAUUUGUACAGUAUUUUAGACUUAUUCAAAAGUGAGGCUUCUAAAAUUGUUCUUGUGUACCCACUAUAGAUUUUUUUUUUCCUUUUUUUUUAUUUAGUAAUGGCCUGCUGUGUAAUUAAUGCUGUAUCUAGUUUACCUAGCAAAAAAAGGCUUGAAACCGCUAUAAUUCAAGGAGUUACAAAAAAACAAAAACGUAAAAAAAAAAAAAAAAAAAGUUUAAUAUGUAAUUUUGAAGAACUUUAGUUUUUGCACAUAAUCCGUACAAUCUCAGAAUGGAGCCUGGACUUUUAAGAUCGAUCUUCGGUUGUUGUAUUAGAAUUAUUCUUCCUAUUUCUGACCCGUUAAAGCCCAUCCCCCAUCGACGGUAAGAACUUUGGACGAGCUGGUGUUUUUGGAGGAGAAAAGUAUUUUUUAAGUGCACAAGCGGCCCACCAAAUAAUUGCGGCAUCCAUUUAUUUUUUUUAAUUCUUAUUUAAUUUUUUAUUUUUAAGUGCCUCCCCCCUGUAUUUUUUUACCAGGAGGGAUUCUGGUGAGCAGAGGCCCGGACUCGUUGAUUAGGCACAUUUUUGGCCGCGUAUUGCACCUGAAAGGUAGGUACACUUUAUUCUAGGGAGGUCCCAAUGCAAGACAAAGUAUGCCAGUUAUUCAUCUUUUUUGACACCUUUUAAAGAAGAGUCUGUAAAAAAAAAUAUGUAUUGUGUUCAAGUACCCAAAACGGAAACACAAUGCUGUAUUUUGGUUCUUAGUAUAUUUAGUUCACACCCACCUAGUGAUGUUCAUUUAUACCAUCUAAUAUUUGACACAAUGUUGUAGUAGUAUUUUGUGAUCUUUCUUUCCCUUUGUAUUCAUUUAAGCAUCUAAAUAAAUAAAAAAAAGCUGUAUUGUGCUUCACGUUGA